CCUAGCACAGGCCGCCAAACAGCUGGAUGUUCACCCUAACCCCACCAAGGACGCAUGAAUCAGUGCUAGGAUCUCCACCCGUCAGCCACACAUACCCGCCAUGAACAAUCUGAUGCGCCGAGCCCAGAACGUGCAGCUCUGGCGAAAAUAUUGCGUAAAACAAUACACCACAGAAGCCGCAUCUGCUUCCCUGUCUAGAGGCAAGCCCAACUAUGACGAGUUCAUUGGCGGACGUCAGGUCCAAGCGCAGCGCAGCAUCGUCGUCCAGGUCAGCUCCGAGAAGUCCUACUCGGAAUUGUAUAACUACUGCAGUCGCUUCGGCUCCAUUGUGGGGGCGCAUCACUACUGCGUGCGACACGACGACGAUCUGCACUACAUUCUGCUGGAGUACUCCACAGUCAAUGAGGCAGCGGCUGCCAUUGACUCGGGUGCCGCCAAUGGUGAUCUGAGCGGUGUGCCCGUACGCUCGCCCUUCCUCUGGUUCAAGGCGGCACCCGGGAGGCGUGGGCCCAAACUGGCCGCCAACACCAACAAUAACAACAACAGCCAGCUGCCGCUCAGCGACCUGCUAUCAGUGGACGGCACCAGGCAGCUGGACCAGGCCUCUUUGCUUAGUCAGCUGCGCUGUGCGGCGAGCAUUGAGCAACAGGUGCAACUGCUGCAUGAGCACACGCAGCUAAACGAUCUCGGCGUACGCAUGCGCUUCCUGGCCGCUCUGCAGGUGCAGCAGGCCAUCUCUGGGAUGUUCCCCGCCGCACAGGCGCACCCGUUUGGCUCCUCGGUAAACGGCUUCGGCAGAAUGGGCUGCGAUCUGGACCUUAUCCUACGCUUCGAUGGCGAGACUGGCGUGCGAAAAGAGUCGGAUGGCGAACCGCCUUCGCGGCUCAUCUACCACACCAAGGAGAACCUGAGCAACGGACGAUCGCAGACGCAGCGGCACAUGGAAUGUUUUGGCGACAUGCUGCACCUCUUUCUGCCCGGCGUCUGUCAUGUGCGGCGCAUUCUGCAGGCCCGCGUGCCCAUCAUCAAGUACCAUCACGAGCAUCUAAACCUGGAGGUGGACCUCUCCAUGAGCAACCUCUCUGGCUUCUACAUGUCCGAGCUGCUGUAUAUGUUCGGGCAGAUCGAUCAGAGAGUGCGUCCGCUCACCUUUAGCAUUCGACGAUGGGCGCAGGCGUGCGGACUGACGAAUCCCUCGCCUGGGCGCUGGAUCAGCAAUUUCUCGUUGACCUGCCUGGUCAUGUACUUUCUGCAGCAGCUGCGACAGCCCAUACUGCCCACCAUUGGGGCUCUGGUGAAGGCGGCUGAAGCGAAGGAUGUGCGUGUCACCGAGGAUGGGAUCAACUGCACCUUCGGCCGGGACCUGGAGCGUGUGGGCUUCCAGAGCCGAAACACCAGCUCGUUGAGCGAGCUGCUGCUGCAGUUCUUCGAGUUCUAUUCGCAGUUUGACUUCCACAAUCGGGCCAUCUCUCUGAACGAGGGCCGGCAGCUGGCCAAGCCGGAUCACUCGGCCAUGUACAUUGUGAAUCCGCUGGAGCAGCUCCUAAAUGUCAGCAAGAACGUCAGCCUGGAGGAGUGCGAACGGCUGCGCAUCGAGGUGCGGAAUGCGGCCUGGAUACUCGAAUCGGAGGUGGAGAACUCAACGCUGCAGGAGAGCGAGCGCCAGGAUGAAUCCUGGGGCCUGCUCAAUCUUUUCAAGCAUCCCGAGAAGGCGGUCAUUCGUCCCAACAUGUUCUUCAAGCCGCGCAUGGUCGAGGUCAGCGAUCUCUUCGAGGAGAAGCAGCACCAACAGCAGCAACAGUCAACGACAGGUCUAUCCUCAGAUGGAGGUGCGACGGCGUCUCCCCCUGUGGCCUACAAAAACGUUUCGGUGCGGCAGCAAGUGCAGAGCAUCAAGGCCGCAACGCGCACUGAAUUAAAGCAGCUGCGGGAAUCCUCCAGUGCGGCGGCAGCACCCAGUUCCAGUCCCAACAGCAAGAACAGGCGCAGCAGGUGAUAGGAUGAUACCAAAGUCUACAACGGGGGCGUUGUGUAGACCCAUGUACAUACGUAAAGUUAGUCUGAUCCCGUGACCCCUGACCUGGCAAUUAACGUAAGCUUAAGCCGGCUAAACAUAAAGCUAAAACUGAAUGUUGUUCAAUAUUGUUAAUCUUCCCAUUAAGGUAGCCCAUACCACACCCCAAACUCGUUCGUAAGCUCUAGGAUCCACAAAACAAAUGAAAAUGUUGAGUAUUUUAAACACUUUUUUUAUGAUAAAUAAAAACCAAAAUUAUCAGA